AUGUCGCGACAGAGCUUCGGAAGCAGCAGCGGCUUCGUCCGCAUCGGCUCAGCCAGCGCUCUUCCGGAACACCUGAUCCCCGAAAACAUCCAUGGGAACCUGAGCGCGACGUUGCCACAGGGCGCCAGCAUGGACGAGCGUGCGGUGAUGUCGCUCUCCCAGAAUGUAUACUUCAGCAAGUGCUCCGUGCAGAUAAACGAAUACGGAAUCAAGGUGCCCGCACUCUGGAGGAACGCCGGUGUGGCGGUGCUCACGCACCACGCGCUGCUCUACGAGCCCAACACGGUGCUCAACACCACCGGGGCCGUGUGCUGCAAGUCAGGCGAAAAGACCGGGCGCUCCCCGGCCGACAAGCGCACGGUGAUGGACGACGUUUCCAAGGGCAACGUCUGGUGGGGAAAGGUCAACAUCGAGCUCUCGGAGCUUGCUUACGCCAUUAACCGCGAGCGCGCCAUCGAUUACAUCAACCUGCAGCAGCGGGUAUACAUCACCGACGCAUACGCCGGCUGGGAUCCCGAGCACCGCAUCAGGGUGAGGGUCAUCAGUACCAGGGCGUACCACGCGCUCUUCAUGAAGAACUUGCUGAUAGAGCCCACAGCUGAGGAGCUGGCGGCCUUCGAGCCCGACUUUGUGCUCUACAACGCCGGCGCCUUCCCGUGCAACCGCUACACCAGGGGAGUGUCGAGCUCCACGUCCAUCUGCCUGAGCUACAAGCGCAUGGAGAUGGUGAUUCUGGGGUCGGAGUACGCCGGGGAGAUGAAAAAGGGGAUCUUCACGCUCAUGAUGUACCUCAUGCCGCUUAAGGGGCUGCUGCCACUUCACUCCUCCUGUAACGUCGGACCCAACAACGACGUCACACUCUUUUUCGGGCUCUCGGGAACGGGAAAGACCACGCUGUCAGCCGAUCCCGCGAGGAGGCUCAUUGGAGAUGACGAGCACGUCUGGACCGACAGGGGCGUAUUCAACAUCGAGGGGGGCUGCUACGCGAAGUGCAAGGACCUCUGCCGUGAGAAGGAACCCGAGAUUUUCGACGCUAUACGCUUCGGAGCGGUGGUGGAGAACGUGGUGUACGACGCCGUCUCGCACGAAAUCGACUACACCGACUGCUCAAUCACGGAGAACACCAGGUGCGCCUACCCCCUGAGCCACAUCCCCAACGUCAUGAUGCCCGCGAGGAUCGACGAGCACCCGUCCAACAUCAUCUUCCUGACCUGCGACGCCUUCGGUGUCAUCCCACCGGUCAGCAAGCUCACCAUCGAGCAGGCCAUGUACCACUUCGUCAGCGGGUACACCAGCAAGAUGAUCGGCACGGAGAUGGGCAUCAGCCGCCCGACGGCCACAUUCUCGGCCUGCUACGCCGAGCCCUUCCUGGCCAUGCACCCCAUGGUCUACGCCAAGCUGCUCGAGCAGAAGCUGCAGAAACACUCCACAGACAUAUGGCUGCUGAACACCGGCUGGAUCCAGGGGCCAGUGGACUCCAAAAAGGGGCGCCGCAUUCCGCUCAAGUACACGCGCGCCAUUGUUGACGGAAUCCACAACGGAACGCUCAAGAACGCCAUGUACGAGCAGAUGCCCAUAUUCGGGCUCAUGGUGCCGGUGGAGGUUGAGGGCGUCCCGGCCGAUGUGCUCAACCAGCGCCUCGGUUGGGGCUCGGAUGAAUACGACGAGAACGUGGAGGAGCUGGCGCAGAAGUUCGCGGAAAACUUCAAGCAGUACCAGUCGGAGGCCAACGAGAGCAUCCUGCGUGGAGGGCCGGUGCAGCGCUAG